UGAUAUUUGAAUUCACUUCCUUAUCAUAAAUGAGUCAUCUGUUCCUUUUAUGGAAAUUUACAAGAACAAAACAGACCUCUCUCAGCCAUUAUGUAUAUGGUCUAAACUUGUGUAUCUUCAGGUGAAUAAUGGAUUGGACUAAAGAAUUAUCGAUGUUCGUAAAAGAAGGCAAUCGCGAAAAGGUGAAAAUAUUGUUAGAAACAGUAUACGUAGAUAAUUUUGAAGUGUCCAGCGAACACCUUUUACUCUUGGCAAUUGACAACAAUGACGUUAGUAUGGUCCUGCUCCUGAUGGAUUCCAAAUUGCAUUUUAACACCAAAAACGUUCAAAUCGAUCCAGUACGUCAUGCUACCCGAAAUUCGGCUGUGAAUGCAGAUGUAUUGGAAGCAUUAAUUCAUUCAAAUCUGGAUAUCAAUGCUAAAGAUUCGCAUGGCAUGAAUGCUUUACAUCUGGCAGCACAGUUUAAUUUUGAAGAAAAGCUGGUGGUUUUAUCACAGUGUCAAUAUCUUAGUACAAAUGAAGUGGACUAUUCUGGUAGGAAUGCACUACAUCAUUUGAUUGAAACUACAUGCUUUGAUAAUAUGGAUCAGUUUAAAAGAUGUGCCAUGUUACUGAUUGAGAAAGGUGUUAACAUCAAUGUACAAGACCAAAUGGGGGAGACGCCUCUUCAUAAAGUUUUCCAAAACUACUGUAAUUUCAUCCCUAGAAUUCUGUCAUUCUUCCUUCAAAAUGCAAAGGAUAUAAAUCACGAAUUGAAAGACAACCAGGGAUAUACUGUUUUCCAUAUUAUGGUUUCAAACACAAAUGAAAGCAUAAAGGAACAGACAAACUUUGCCGAAUUAAUUGAAAACAAGGACAAAAUGAUUAGAGACUUCUUGAUUGGUAGAUUUACUUCUGUUGAACCUGUUGUAUUGGUACGCCUGUUAAACGAACUAAAUAACAAUGGCAAUUCUGCAUUUGAAACUUAUGCAGACGGCGAACAAUUUACAAUGGAAACCAUUUAUUGCAUGAUCAAGAGAGGGGCUGAUGUAAAUAACAAAGAUAGUCUUGGUAGCACUCCACUCAUGAAAGCUGCUCUGAGAGAACGCGACGAACUUGUUGACGUUUUUUUAAGAGCAGGUGCAGAUGUGAACAUAACAGACAUCUUUGGACAAACUGUUUUGUUUAGAGUACGAACCAUACACUCAUUUGAAAGUCUAUGUGAAUAUGGCGUACAACUUAACGUGAAAGAUAAGUUUGGUCGUUCUCCCCUUACAAACAACUGUUUAUACACUCCAAUAGGAUUUCCACCUAUGGGAAUGACUUUGCAAUCUAAUUUAGCAAUACAUCCUCCACUGGCAACAUUUUUUCUGGAUCACGGCGUAGAUGUAAAUAUUGUAGACAGAUAUGGAUCCUCUCUGUUGCAUUAUGCGGCGUGGUAUUCUGAUUUUAAUAUGAUACAGGUUUUGCUUGAAAACGGUGCAAGGAAAGAUCUAGUCGACAGACAUGGAUACACGCCAUAUGAUCUUGCCAUUCAUCAUGGUAACUGUGAAGUAUUCCAACUGUUAGAAAAUGAUCAUAAUCAUGUCGUCAAUAUGGAUACUUCAGAAAAACGAAAAAUAUAUGAGAAGAGUGCUGCCUAUGUACGGUCUAUUAUUCAUCAUCAGGAAGUAAACAAUAUGCAGCAAACAUUGAAAUGUGUUGGAAUAGAUGAUAAUGCAGAAGAUUUAUUACAACUGUUGAUGUCGUCACCCAGAACAGGUUUUACUGAUAAUUUAUGUGAUACAUCAAAAAUAAAGUCUGAUGUCCAUGAACUCAUGACCAGAAUCGCUAAUGUUAUUGGUGAAAUGGAUGGACGAUUCCAGUGCACUAUAUUUCCAACCGGAAGUUCAGCAGAAGGUUCUCAAAUAGGUGAUCCGGUCGAAAUGGAUUUUGUUUUCUGUUUAUCAUACUUUAACCGUCAAUGCGAGGUUAUUCAAACAGAUGAUCUGCUAGAAACUGGAUUUGCUAUUUUGAAAUUAAAAAAUUAUCACAAAGGUCACGAUCUGGUAUCGUUCGUUGAUGAAAACGAUGUAUUACAAUCUAACAUUGUUCGCGAGAGAUUUCAAGAUCUCACAACCAGUGCAGUGAAUAGGGCGGACAUUUGGUCUUCCGAGCACAUUUAUUUCGACGGACUUCUGGGAUUUCCGGAAGACAAACCAAUAAUCAAUCUUAGAAUUCAGUGGUAUGGAGCUGUUGCUAAAUGCAUAAGCAUAAGCAUCGAUAUUGUUCCUGCAAUUCAUAAACCAAACUGGAUUGCGCGAGAUAUCGACCAUAGCUUUAUGGAGCUGCUUAUUCCGAAGGUAAAGGAGGCAGGAUUCUUUCUACUGUUUCAUUUACCUCAUGCGACCACUACUUUGAAGCCAUGUUAUGUUAGGAUAUCGAGUGCUCCAGCUGAGGUUGAGAUUAUAAAGACGAUACCAGACUUGCUAAGAGAGAGUUUUUCUCUUUCUAAAAUAUUAAAAAGUUGGCACUUUUGUCCUCUUGUUCAAUUUAGUGAUGACGAAGAUGACAGCUCUACUGACACAGAAUCUUUUGAGGACGAAAAUAAUGAUGACAACGAUGGUUCCGAUGAAAGUGGUAGUUUUAAACCAACAACAAAGAAAACUAAACAGCUACGACACUGUAUAAUAUCCCAAAUUAGUAAAGAUCAAAUUGGCGUAGGUGAAAAAUCAUCAGAUAAUACUAGUAACAGCGAAAAUGCGUUGGAAAUUCAGAAAGCAGCUGGAUGGAUAGUAUCUCUUGAUGAAACACAUGUUAUCAGAAAAAUAUUCUUACCAAAGGAAAAUAAAGCUGAGCAUAUUGAAAAAAUUUUCGGAAAAUAUGCAAAACAACCGUCUCCUGAAAUGACUGUUGAUAAUCAUAUUGAAAGUCGCACGUUGUUUAUAUCAAAAGAGGAUCAGCCUACAACAAGCAGGAGAAAUCUGGAUUGUAACGAACAAAUCGCAAAUAUAAAAGAUAUUCAAAAUAAAAAUUUAAGUGAAAACUCAGUUUUGACAGCUUGCACGAGUUCAAAAUGUGGUAAACAGCAAAUUAACAGCAAUAAUAGCACAGGGAAAAAGUUCGAAUCACAAGAAACGGGAGAAAACGGUGUCUUAAAAUCUGAUAUCGUGUCAUUACAAAUGACAGACGAAAGCAAUGAAACUCAGAGUGAGUAUAACGUCCAUUCAACUAAUUUAGCAAACAAAGAAGAAAUUUUAGAAAAAGUAGAAAGUUGUUCAGAAUCGGAAAUUUCACAAGAUGAAAGUUCGUCGACGUUUGAAGAUGAUUUUGUUGGAGGAGAUGUUGUACAAGCAAAGGACGAAAUUUCAAGUUAUAUGCUGAAAAACUGUAUAUUUUAUACAAUCGUACUAAUUCGAGAAACUAAAUUAAAGGACUUGAGUCACAUUAAAGUCACAACAAUAAUUUAUGAAACCCUUUUGAAAGCCGCGAAGUCCAAACAAUUACCAUCAUACUUUAUGCCAUACAUUGAUAUUUUCUCAUAUGUUGAUACACAUAUUCGCAAAAUGUCUUCAAGUAGAGCAGAAAGAGAACUCAAAAAACAUUGUGCAAGAAUUGAAACAUUUUGUAGGGUUAUUCUUGGAAUUCUUUCUCAAAGAAACAAGCAAAGUUAUAAUUAGUUUCGAUGUGCUUGUCUAUAUGCAUGUAUUCACACCUUUCCAAGUAAAUAGUUGUCACAGUUUUGUGUCAAGUUUUA